AUGAUGUUCACCAACUCCUUGAUUGCCACUGUUCUCAGCGCAUCCAUGGUCAACGCCCACAUGAUCAUGAGCAACCCUGUCCCGUACAGCAAGGAUUCACUCAACAACUCUCCCCUGGCCGCUGAUGGAAGCGACUUUCCUUGCAAGCUUCGUUCCAACACCUUCGAGGUCACCAAGGAGAAUAUCAUCGCCCAGGGUGCAUCUCAGCAACUGACUUUCGAGGGCAGUGCCGUCCACGGCGGUGGCUCCUGUCAGAUCAGUUUGACCACCGACCGUGAGCCUACCAAGGACUCCGAGUGGAAGGUCAUCCAGUCCUACGAAGGUGGCUGCCCAGCCAAGGCGGAUGGCAAUCUCUCUGGCAAUGACGACUCUGUAUUCCAUUUUGACAUGCCUUCUGACAUCGAGGCUGGCAAGUACACUCUCGCCUGGACCUGGUUCAACCGCAUUGGUAACCGUGAAAUGUACAUGAAUUGUGCACCCGUCACUGUUACCGGCGGCUCCAAGAAGCGCGCCCCCAAGGAGGAGAAGAUUAUCGAGAAGCGAACUGCCAACUACCCACCCAUGUUCGUUGCCAAUGUUAACGGCUGCACCACCAAGGAAGGCAUCGACAUCCGUUUCCCCCAGCCUGGUGCCAAGAUUCAGUAUCUUGGUACGGCGGCGAAUCUUGCACCAGAGGGUGAAGAUGCCUGCACCGGCCCUGCUUCUUUCGGUGGUGCUGGUAUCUCUGGCUCUGGUUCUUCUGGCUCUGGCUCAGGUUCUGGCUCCGCAACAUCUGCCGGGCCCAGCACUGCUCCCACUUCCAGUGGGCCUGCAGAUCCUGCUCCUACCACUACCCAAGCUCCAACUGAAACCACCGCGCCUGUUGCUCCUCAGCCUGUUCCCUCCAGCACUCAAGCAGCUCCCGUUCCCUCUGCAACUUCUGGUGGUUCCUCUAGCGGUUCCUCGAGUGCCGGUACUCUGACCGGCGCUUGCAGUCCCGAGGGCCAGUGGAACUGCAUUGCUGGUAGCUCUUUCCAACGUUGCGCCAAUGGACAGUGGUCUGUGUCCCAACAGCUGGCGAGUGGCACCAAGUGCGAUGCUGGUCAGAGCUCCAACCUUUCUGUGUCCGCCUCCAAGAGGGCCCAUGAGAUCUCCGCCCUGCGCUUCCGCAAACGCACCAUCGGUGAAUCUCACCAUGCCUAA